CUGAUCCAACACCAUUCCUUCAAAGCUCUCUCAUACCAAUCAAAACGAUGGCGUUUCCUAAAGUUUUCUUCGACAUGACCGUUGACGGCAAGCCCGCGGGAAGGAUCGUGAUGGAGCUGUACACCGACAAGACUCCCAAGACUGCCGAGAAUUUCAGAGCUCUCUGCACGGGUGAGAAGGGUGUCGGAAGCAAAGGCAAGCCUCUUCACUUCAAGGGAUCUUCCUUCCACCGUGUGAUCCCUAACUUCAUGUGCCAGGGAGGCGAUUUCACGGCCGGGAACGGGACGGGAGGCGAGUCCAUCUACGGUGAGAAGUUCGCUGACGAGAAUUUCGAGAGGAAGCACACCGGUCCUGGGAUCCUCUCUAUGGCCAACGCUGGUCCAAACACCAACGGGUCUCAGUUCUUUAUCUGCACUGUUAAGACCGAUUGGCUUGAUGGCAAGCACGUGGUGUUCGGACAGGUGGUGGAAGGGUUGGACGUGGUGAAGGCGAUUGAGAAGGUGGGGUCGGCUUCUGGAAAGCCGUCGAAGCCGGUGGUUGUGGCUGACUGUGGUCAGCUCUCUUAGAUCACAUGAGUUCUGUCCUCGGUUCAAAUUAGCGUUAUCGUCGUCGUCUAGUGAGUGGUGUUGGUCCUCCUCGUCGUGUGUCUCUCCUAUGCUUUUGCUUUUGUGUUACUUUUCAUUUGGUGUAAUCAUAAAAGCUUGGUGUGUGUUCGUUCUCAUGUCACCCUAAUUAGUAGCUAGUUCCAUAAAUAAUGAAUGAGCUUGUGUUUGUUUAUC